AUGGCCGACUAUGAACCCGUUCAGUUCUUCGACAUCUUCUCCGAUCAACCAGGUCUGCAAGCUGCCCCGCAAUCGAACCACCGAACAUCCAGACUAAUGCAAUUCAUCCCAGGCGCCUCUAAAUCAUGGUCCCAUAAUACUUUAAAGAUUCGAGCAGUGCUCAACUUCAAGGGCGUACCCUACACCCAGAGCUGGAUCUCAUACCCGGAUAUCGAGCCCCUCGUCACCGGCUUGGGCUUGCCGCCUAAUGAACAGGGAAGACCAUACACCCUGCCAGCAAUCAUUCACAAGUCCUCAGUGACCUCGAACCCCAACGGAGCCAUGAUGGAUUCGCUUCCGAUCGCCAUACACCUCGACAAGGUAUUCCCGUCCCCGCCGCUAUUUCCAUCUGGCUACGCCAGCUACGCACUGGUCAUCGCCGUGGGCAAGAUCGCGAGUCUUCUGGAGCCCGGGUUCCGGCCAUUAAUCAUCCCGCGCGUGGCGGACCAUCUGGACCCACGGGGACAGAAAUACUUCCAUGAGACGCGGUCUGCGGCCCUUGGGAAGCCCUUGUCGGAGAUGAGGCCGACAGACAAGGAGAGUUUGGACAAGAUGUGGAAGUUGGUCGAGACCGAGUCCGCGCCGCUGAUUAAAAUGCUAAAAGGAACGGAGGGGAAGAAAGGACCGUUCUUCGAAGGCGAAAAGCCUGGAUAUGCGGAUUUGUUGUAUGCUUGCCAACUCGCUUUUAUCGAGCGUUUCGAUAAGGAGCUCUUUGAGAAGUUCUUGAGUCUAGGCAAUGGUGAAUUCAAAGCGUUGUACAAUGCUUGCUUGCCCUGGUUGGAGGGCCAGGGCGAGGACAAGGAGUGGCCGAUUCCCCAGACUGCCUCGUCCUAA